AUGAAGACCCUCUACAAUAUCCAGCUGGCUAUAUACGCUACGGUCCUCAGUCUGACACUCGUCUGGCUAGCUAUCGCGGCCGCCAACACCGCAGCAUUAGCUCUUCGACAGUGGGAUUUGCUUCCCUGCGCCGCGCACUCAUACAAGAAGAUAACGACCCAGCAGCGACUGCCACCGGAUUUUUUUGGAUACAUUGUAGGAUCGCAAGUCGAAGGAGAAGAAGAAGAAGAAGAAGAAAUAGCACCAUCUCCUCAGCAGGUCAUCAUGCCUCCCUAUGCCGGUGGCGGCGGUGGUGACAACACCGAUGAUAAUAAUGACAAUAAGAACUCAAACCUAAUCGUAUCCGACAUGCUCGUCAAAACGCCCAAAAUCAACGUCUUUGCAUCCCUAACUCGCGAUUUCCAUCCUGUUCUGGAUCGGCUCAAUGACCAGUCCAAGAACACCACUGUGUUGGCACCGCUGAAUUCAGCGAUUAGUGCGUUGCCGCGCAAGCCGUGGGAAGAUCCGGAAGAUUAUAGAGUGUAUGGUGAAGCAGGAGCGUAUAGUGGGGAGGAAGGGCAGGAAAGAGCGAAGAGGAAUUUACAGCGGUUUGUGGAGGCUCAUUUGGUGCCUGUGAGUCCGUGGGGGGAGGGUGAGGAGGUUGAGACUGUUGGAGGAGGGAAGGUCAGGUGGGUUAAAGAGGGGGAUACGGUUUUCGUUGAACCCGGGCAUAUCGAGGUCGAUAGUCUGACGUCUGAGGUAUCGAAUGGCAAUGUGUGGGUUCUGAAAGGCGUUAUCAAUUAUCAAUAG